AAAGAUGGCUUUUGACAGCUCCCGUUGGUAAACUUUGAAAACGUGUUUACCGGGCAAGUGGAAAUAGAAGUUGUGAUUUGUAAUAUUAUUUCUCCUGCGCGUAUCGCUAUGGAUAUCGUAAAGGAGGUGCUGGAGAAACAGCAGCAGAAUCUGCAAAAGUACAAACCGAUUACGGUCGAAAAGCCUUUGGAACCGACGAUCGACGUGGGCCACAUGAUGGUGAGCGAUCCCAACUACUUCGACGACGAACAGAUGAAAGCGGACCGUGAGGCGUAUGUGCUAAAUUUGACGCGUGAUAAUGUGCAGCUACUGAUCAACAGUAUCUGGCAACUGCCGACCGAGCGUGUCGAUGAAUCGAUCGUUGCUAAGCUACCACCACCGAAAGCUGUGUUGCCGCGUGCACGGAAACUGCCCGUCCCGAAACCGCUCACCAAAUGGGAAGAGUUUGCCAAAAAGAAGGGCAUCAAAAAGCGUCCCCGUGAGAAGAAGGUGUUCGAUCCGGUGCUAGACAAAUGGGUACCGACCUACGGUUACCAGCGGUACAAGGCCGAAAAGGAGAAGGAUUGGGUGUUGGAAGUACCACAGAACGAUCCAUACCGGGACAUGUUCAAGGAGAAGCGCGAUUUACGCAUCGAGCGUGUGGCUAAGAAUGAGGUGUCCCGCAUGAAGAACAUAGCGCGGGCGAAAAAAAUCGCCACACCCCGGACGGGUUUCCUUGGGCCCGAGUCUGCAUCCGCGAAACAGCUUAUUACUGCAUCGAAUAUCGCAAAGGCAUCUACGGCGUCGGUAGGAGUAUUCCAAGAAUCGUUACCGAACGAUAAACAGGCCCGCGGUAUCGGGGUAAAGGAGCUUAUGCCGGGUGAGAGGCGCAAGAAGAAAGUAUCUUCGCUGACGGGGGAAAAACGGCGCAACAUGGAAAUAGUGACUAAAGUGUUGAACAAGAAACCGAAGAUCGACAUCGAUCGUGCGAUUUCGUUACAGAAGGCAGAAGCACGAGCCGAACGCGAAGCGGAGGAAGACGAUGAGGAUGGUUCGAGAAAGAAGAAAAAGAGUGGAAAGAAAGUGAAAGGAUUUAGCCGCAAGAAGCCAAAGGGUGGUCAAGGAAAACGGAAUCCUAACAAGCGUGCGGUCGGUCGGAAACGUCGUUAAGCCUAAAGUGUUUGGAUGGUUAAUGGUAAAAAUGCAUUUGAUAUACUUGAAUAUAUAACAUUUAUAUUGAAUAUCGGUAAGCAGUGGCUCGGUGAAACAAAAAAACACACAAAAUGUGCAUUUGAAAUUAGGAAUACAAAAACAUCAAUAUAAAUUUCACCCAAUAUUAAAUGUUGGCGCUAUAUAAAUGUCCGAAAAAAC